AAACGCCAGCCCCGAAGCCCCAACCCCUUGGCUAGCUCUUAUGGGAAUGAAACACUCCUCCCGCUGCCUGCUCCUAAGGAGGAAAAUGGCGGAGAACGCUGCCGACAGCACCGAGGUUUGCACCAUUCCAUCCCAGCCUCCUCAGCCUACUGUUGUUCCAAAGCCAGUUCAAUCUGUCAUACAUGCUCCACUGCAACCAAGCUGCCCGGGCCGAGGCAAGAUGGCAAAGCUCAUCAAUCCAGAAGAGAUGACAUCCAGGGAUUAUUACUUUGAUUCCUAUGCUCACUUUGGAAUUCAUGAGGAAAUGUUAAAAGAUGAAGUGCGCACAUUAACCUAUAGAAACUCAAUGUAUCACAAUAAACAUGUUUUUAAAGAUAAGAUUGUCCUCGAUGUUGGAAGUGGCACGGGAAUCCUCUCCAUGUUUGCUGCAAAGGCAGGAGCCAAGAAGGUAUAUGGGAUUGAAUGCUCAAGUAUAUCUGACUACUCAGAAAAAAUUAUCAAGGCCAACCACUUGGACAACAUAAUCACAAUAUUUAAAGGUAAAGUGGAAGAAGUCGAAUUGCCUGUGGAUCAAGUAGACAUCAUCAUCAGCGAGUGGAUGGGUUACUGUCUGUUCUAUGAGUCAAUGUUAAACACAGUCAUCUUCGCACGAGACAAGUGGCUGAAACCUGGAGGGCUAAUGUUUCCAGACCGAGCUGCUUUGUACGUGGUAGCAAUUGAAGACAGACAGUACAAGGACUUCAAAAUUCACUGGUGGGAGAAUGUGUACGGCUUUGACAUGACCUGUAUUAGGGAUGUUGCCAUGAAGGAGCCCUUGGUGGACAUAGUAGAUCCAAAGCAAGUGGUGACCAAUGCCUGCUUAAUAAAGGAAGUAGAUAUAUAUACAGUGAAGACUGAAGAACUGGAAUUUACUUCUGCAUUCUGCCUCCAAAUUCAGCGCAAUGAUUACAUUCAUGCCUUGGUCACCUAUUUUAAUAUUGAAUUUACAAAGUGCCACAAGAAGAUGGGAUUUUCUACAGCACCUGAUGCUCCUUAUACUCACUGGAAGCAGACUGUCUUCUACUUGGAGGACUAUUUAACUGUGAGACGAGGAGAAGAAAUUUAUGGGACUAUAUCCAUGAAACCAAAUGCAAAAAAUGUGCGUGACCUGGAUUUCACAGUAGACUUGGAUUUUAAAGGACAGCUAUGUGAAAUGUCAGUAUCUAAUGACUACAAAAUGCGUUAGCAAGAGACCUUUCAGAGAGAUGAAAAGGAGAAUUUUAUCAAGUCUUGAACUGCUGAGCUUCAAGCUAGGAACAACUGUUCACAAGAUUAUUAUAUUAAGUACUAGAAUGUUUACUCUGAUGGAGGGUGGUAGCCUGAUCUUUCUUGCAGAUAGUACAGGGGGCUGGGAUCCCACUGUGAAUGUACAGUAUACAGAACUGUAGCUUUUGUUAAACAUAGGAAAAAAAAAUAAGCAACAGUCUUGAGUGUUCUGGUUAACUUUAGGAUGGCAGAAGAUGCAUACACAAAUUGUAUUACUUACUGUGAAUUUCUGGUUCUUCCAAGCUUUGCAUGUUACAGAUGAUUAGGGCAGUUUUCUCACUAUGAAAGACUACUACAGCACAUUACUGUGAUAGUAUUAUUGGACUUAUAUUCAAUAUAAAUGAAUAUAUAUAUUGUACAUGAGGAAAAAAAAAGUCAUUUCAUAAUAGGAAUUUGUUUUGUGAUUAUUUAAUUCUCAUUAUGCAGUUAUGGAAAGAUAAUGGUGUUACCUCUGGCACUACUCUAGGCAGUGAUAUAUUCCAUUAACUGUCCAAUGUUAUAGCUUUGGUAAAUAUUCCAUGCAAAGUGUAGAUAAGAGCUGGGCAUUUACAGGAAGUUCAAUAACUAUAUUUUUGAAUGUCCUCUGAAAAUGUGGACCAUUAGUUUUGAAAUUCACCUUCACAACUGGAUGUCAGAGCUUUAAAAACAUUCGCUUUUUAUCCUUGAAAAUAUUCUGUGGUGAGUUUUUAUAGCUGGAUUUUGCAUGAGACUUUCAGAAAUCAGACACCUAGUAUUUAAAUGUGAUGAAUGCAAAGUCUCUGAAAUGGUGGAUAAUUCAUGCUUCUUGGCCAUGCCAUAUUUCAGUUCUUUGCAAAAUUCUUAAUACAAAAUAAUUUUUAAAAAAUAGGAUUUAGUGUUACCUUUUGGUGAUGUUUUAGAUAAGUUUUAAAUUGCAAAUACUAUUCUCAAGAGUGCAGUAAUUUGCAGGAGCAAGUCAAUGUCUUUAAAAAAAAGUGUCAAUGGCUUCUAAUAUUACUAAGAUGUCUGUAGCUUUCCUGUCCCCUUGAGUCCCUUGUUUUUCGUACAAAAUCUCCUGCUUAUUGUUAAAAUAUUAAGUGCUUAUAAUUCCUCAUAUGUAUGUAUCAGGUCUUUUUACUAUAUGAAUGUGGGCCAUUUAAUCACAUGUAAUUCAUCAACUACUGCAUCACCAGUCCUAUCUACACAUUUUCCAGUCCGUCUGGCAUUAGGCACUAAAUCAUGUUCUAUCUUGUACUGGAUAAGAUUGACUAGUUUUUUGCCUAAAAAUAUUUUUAAUCACCUGCAAAUAAAGCAUACUUGAAGAUGCAUUUUGCCAGUAUUCGUCAACUUCUCGCUUUUUAGAAACCUAUUUCUAUUGAUUUUCUCUCCACAGAAACUGUACAGUGCCUCCAUUUUCUUACGGUCUAAAGAAUAUGGGCUAGGGAUUCUACCAAAUGGU